AUGGCUCCAUCUCUUGUUCGUCCCCAGGGCCACCUGUCCCCGGCCGAGGCCCUCGAGCUGGCCCAGAAAGCACCGGCGAUUCUGCAAAACAAUCCGAAGGCGUUCUCAUCGUCGCCGCUGCUAUCCUUGUUCUCAGCGUCUGAGACCCCCGAAUUGUGGACAAUCUACGAGAACCUUCUCCUUGCCUGCCUCCGGACCGGCGACAGCCCAUCAGCACACCAAUGCCUCGAGAGGCUAACACUCCGCUUCGGAGACGAAAACGAGCGCAUUAUGGCAUUCAAGGGCUUGGUGAAGGAGGCGGAAGCCGACAACGAUGGGGAGCUGGCGCAGGUGCUCAUGGAGUACGAGACUAUCCUCGGAGCCAAUGCGACGAAUAUUCCCGUCGCGAAACGCCGCGUUGCCCUUCUCAAGUCAACUGGCAAGAUACCCGACGCCAUUGCGGCCCUCAACUCUCUGGUCGACUUCAAUCCCACGGAUGCAGAGUCGUGGGCGGAGCUUGCCGACUUGUACCUUUCGCAAGGUCUCUACUCGCAGGCCAUCUUUGCACUCGAGGAAGUCCUCGUACUGACCCCAAACGCAUGGAACAUGCACGCCCGCCUGGGCGAAGUUCUGUACAUGGCAGCUUCAUCCUCUGAAGGGUCUUCGGAACAGCAACUAGUUGAGUCGGUAAAGAGAUUCAGCCGAAGCAUCGAGCUAUGCGACGACUAUCUUAGGGGUUACUACGGACUGAAACUGGUCACGAACAAACUGAUCAAGGAGCCUUCAAAGCCAUCGAGGCAAACAGAUUCAGAGGAGUGGCGCCUUCCCGGCGUCACAACUUUACAGAAACUCAAUGAGCUGGCGACACAAAAGUUGGCAGAUAUUGUACGCCGUAACGGAGCACAGGAGAAGCUCUGGCAGGGCUACGACGAGUCGGAAGUGGUAGCGGCACAAGAUUUGCUGUCAAAGGAGUCGGCCGAGCUCGUGAGAUGA